AUGGGAACCUCAGAUCUGCUCUUCAUCACCAUCAGUCACAAUGUGUCCUUCAUCGGUAAAACCUGGUGGACCCUGAUGCUGCUCCUCCGCCUGCUCCUCGUCCUCCUCGCCGGCUUCAGCCUCUUCAGUGAGGAGCAGGAGCGAUUCGUCUGUAACACGAUUCAACCCGGCUGCUCCAACCUGUGCUUCGACGCCUUCUCCCCCGUGUCCGUCCUGCGGCUCUGGUUCCUCCACCUGGUUCUGCUCGGUCUGCCUCAGGUUCUGUUUGUGACCCACGUCCUGCACCGGCUGCUGUCCUAUCCUCACUUUGGAGGUUCCUGCAGCAGCCGGAGCAGUGGAGGAGGUUCUCUGGAGAACUCCAGCUCCUCCAGAGAAGAGUCCUUGCUUAAAGCUCCACUCCAGGACCCCCCCCAGGACUGGGGAGCACCUCGUUUCCACUGCUCUUACCUCUUCGCUGUACUUCUGCGGAUCCUCCUGGAGGUGGCCUUCGGAGCAGGACAGUAUUUUCUCUUCGGCCUCUCGGUUCCAAAGAGCUUCCUCUGCUACGAGGCUCCCUGCACCUCAGGGGUGGAGUGCUACGUCUCCAGACCCACGGAGAAGAGCCUGAUGCUGAACCUCAUGCUGGGCGUCUCCUCCCUGUCCGUCCUGCUCAGUUUGGUGGACCUGGUGAGCUCCAUGAGGGCGAUGGUGCGAGGGCGGAGGACGAGGGAGAUGCUGAUGGAGGAGAUGAGUAGAGGAGAGCAGAGCAGCAUGUUCACCACGACCACAGCUGAAGACCAAGACCUUCUCCCAACCAGGAGAAUCCUCCCGAGUGGAGGCUCAGCGGAGGCCGACAAAGAGGAACAACAGGCUGCUGGUGUUUCACCAAAUGGUGAACUCCUCUCAAUAAAAACAAAUGGCGGACCCCCCCGUAGAACGAGUGUAUCUACCAAUGAGAGGAGCCCAGAAAACAAAGACACUGGGGCGGACAUGCCUCGUUCACCGACUCCCAUGAGCAAUCCUGUGCCGAGUCACUUUGUCCUCCACAGCCACCUGAGACCUCCGCCAUCCCCCCGCCCGGACAGGGGGCCGCCGAGCCCCAGGGGGCCACCGAGCCCCAGGGGGCCGCCGAGCCCCAGGGGGCCACCCAUGGGUGUCAAGAAGCUGCAGGGCCAGAGCAGCUCGGCUGAAACGAACUCGAGUCAACAGUCAGACAGCAGCGAGUCUCAGGACAAGAGGGCCUGGGUGUGA